CGUCGCAGUGACGUCAUCGCGGAGUUGCCAUGGCGGCGCUGAGCGGCCUGUCGUCGGCGCUGGAGUCGUAUAGGGGCCGGGACCGCCUGAUCCGAACGCUGGGGUACUGCUGCCAGCUGGUCGGUGGGGUCCUGACGGAACAGUGUCCGGCCAGGUCAGAGGUGGGGACGCGCCUGCUGGCGCUGUCCUCCCAGCUCAGCCACUGCAGGACUGUCCUGCGACUCUUUGACGACCUGGCCAUGUUCAUCUACACUAAACAGUAUGGCCUGGGGGCAGAGGAGGAAGGCAUCUUUGUCCGCUGCGUGUCUGUCCUGGGCAACCUGGCCGACCAGCUCUACUACCCCUGCGAGCAUGUCGCCUGGGCCGCGGACGCCAAGAUCCUCCACGUGGACUCUGCCCGGUGGUGGACACUGAGCACAGCCUGCUGGGGCCUCUCCCUGCUCCUGGGGAUCGCCAGGUCCCUGUGGAUGGUCCUGACGCUGAGACAGAGGCUGAGGAGCCCCACAGCGCCCUUCCCCAGCCAGCUGCCCCCUAGCAAGAGGAGGGCCAUGCAGGCCCAGGUCCAGUCGGAGGUGCUGACUGUCCUGAGCAACCUGGCCGACCUGGCCAAUGCCGUGCACUGGCUGCCCCCGGGCGUCCUGUGGGCCGGCCGCUUCCCCCCGUGGCUGGUGGGCCUCCUGGGCACCGUCUCCUCCCUCCUCAGCGUCUAUCAGGCAGUCCGGGCCGGCCAGGCCGAUGCCGCCAACCCCUGACACGCUGCGGGGAGCUCGUGGAUGCAGCCGAAGCCAGACAGAGGGCCCCUUCCUCCAAAGGAGAAAUCACCCAGGCAGGGGCUGGGUCUCUAACUGAGCAAAUCAAGGCCAGGUGUGGGGAGAUGCAACCCAAAGACGGCACGGAGCAGCGGGGGGCGAGGUCCCCCAGGCGCUGGGGCCAGGACCUUUCCUCCCAGGCCUGGCUUCUCUC